UAAAGAUCUACUGGUUUGCAUCUUCUUAGUCUUAAAUCAAAAUUCAAAAUAGGGUGAAAUUCUUGUUCUGAAUAAGAGGUUACAGUGACAUGGUUUCCGUGGAUAUGAGCUCAGAAAUAGGGUGCAUACUUCUUAUAAUACCAAUUAUGGGUUUCUGGCUCAAAUAGGAAAUAUAUUAACAGAGUUUCGUUCUCCCUAAAUUUAGCUCCAUUAAAACACAAAUCACUUGGGUUCCAUUGUGUCAUUUUGAUUAUUGUGUUCUUCACAGUUAGUGCAAUCACCCUUCCUUCAUCAGAUAUUUCAAGAUAAGCUCUCUAUGUAGUAUGUAUUCAGUUACUGAGAGUUCUUAUCAUUGUAUUCAGAUAUUUGUGAGGUGAUUGAUAAACAGUAUGUUAUUUGUCUUUGGGUCAGUCUUGUGUUAGGUCAAUUAGCAGCACCAUGAAUGAAGGAUUAAGGUCUUAUAAUCUAUUGAAUGUCCUUUCCCAAGAUUAUUAUAUGCUUUCUUUAGAUAUACAAUGUCAUUUCUUGGCUAGAACAAUUAGCAGGCCAAUGCAGGAAGCAUUGAAGGUCUUAUAAUGUUUAUGGAUUACAGAUUUAAAAAUCAUUUAUAUGGGCGUUGCAUUUCAAGGUUACUGUGUUCUUCAAGAUUUCUUGACCGCCAUUUUCCCAUAGAGGGAGAUUGAAUUCUUGUUCUGAAAAAGAUAUGAGCUCAGAAACACAAGCAACUCGGGUUCCAUUAUAUCAUUUUCAUUAUUUUGUUCUUCACAGUUGGUGCAACCAUCCUUCAUCAGAUAUCUCAAGUUACGUUAGAGGAGGUGUUGCUGGACACAAAUUUAAGGAUUCCUUUGCGCUUAGCUGGACAUAAAGAUGAUAGAGCAUGACCAACAGGAAUGUGCUUAACAGAGGCAAGUGCAACAAAACCAGGAAAUUCAAGAUGUUGUCCUCUUACCUGAUGAGGUGUUACUGUUGGUGCUACUGUCUUCUCAAAGAUUCAGAUACAAAGACAAGGAAUCUCUGCAAUCUUCUUUCGAAGACAGUCUCCAUACACAACGGAAGGGAAUUGAAUAUUUAGAUAGAGCCCAAGGAGCUGCGGUAAGAUGCCAGGCACCUGCACAAAAUGUCUAAUGGUCUGCAAAAUCAAUGGCCCUAGUUGACAACAUUCAUAACCCAGUUUUAACAGAGACCAUGAAAGUGAAUGCUGAGUUUAUGAACUACUCCCAGCCCAUUUAAUCACAUCACAUGGUAUAUGAGAAGUUCAUUACAGAUUAGGAUAUUUUUCUGUUUGCCAAAGGUAUCAACUAUAAACAAGGACUAAAUGUUGCAACACAAGGCCUCCGUUGCAUCUUCAAUGUCACAAUAGAAACUACUGUAACUCUAUUUGCACUCUGCACAACAGCUCUUUAGGUGUGAGCAUCCAGAAGAAGAAGAAGUACUUCAUCAGUUGCUUGGAUACAAAAUCACUCUGUCAAUCCUUGGAAACCCUAUUCCUUCUGUUGUUUAUCAUAACAUCCCACCAUCUUAUCACAGACCUCUGCAGUAUGCUCAUGUUAGAACUGCAGAAAGCAAGAUGAAACUAUAGAAAGCAAGAUGAAACUAUGUGCCUCCACCAUGGUGUUUAUCUCUGGAUCCGGCCCAUUCUCCCAGCGGAUCAACCUGGGUUCGCUCCAAUGGACGCAUAUGCUGCCAGUUCAGUCGCCAAGUAUCCAGCAGCAGCAUCGCAGGGCCUACAAUAUGUUAGGUUCAAGAUGGUUCCGUGUGGGGUAAAUUUACUGCAUACGCAUCCAUGAGCUUCAGAAAUGCUUACUCUUAUUAUCUCAGGAGGGCCUCUUCAUGUUGGUUUUGUUGAUACUCAAGGUCAAGCUUUCAUCGAUAUUUUGCCUCCUGGAGAUGUCACCAUAUUUUCGAGGGGGAUACUGCAUUUUGAGCUUAAUGUUGGAACUGAAGAAGCUAAUUAUAUCUCUGCUCUCAACAGUCAAAAUCCUGGUGUUGUGACAAGCAGCAUGUCAAUAUUGAAGCUUCCAUUGAGAAGUGUGGCAACAGCUUUCAACAUCACCCAACAAGCUGUAAAGAAAUUAGAUUCAACGAUAUAUGCCAGUGAUUCCCACUCCCCCAAAAUAAAUGGCGUCCAUUGGGAACCAUAUGCACCGACCCGACAUAAUGUGAGCAGAUAUCCAUUGCCAUGGGCUAAGACACAGGAAGCAGAGUUUUCACUCUGUGCUUUCAUGGCCAGGGAAAAGUUCCAAUGGAUGAUGUAUACCGAUGUGGGUGAGUUUGUAUUAUCUGAUUCUUGGUUGAAUGAGCAGGUGGGUCCUGAGGACAAGGGCUUUCAGGAAGUAAAACCCAGCUGCAAGGAUCUUACUUCAGGGGCUCUCUUGAACAUGGUUAUGAGUCUAAGUUCACAAGGAACAGCCUUCAAGAAUUUCCGAAUCUCAUAUCGGGCAACUUUCCUUCAAGUGUAGGAAUUUUGGGCCAUCAAGGCUUACCGAACACCCUGAGAGAGACGCAGGAGAAAAGGUUCAAGUCCAUACUUUUGUUGGAAGCAAGUGCUUCAGAACACUUGAAGCACUUGCAGUUAGUUGUUGAUCUGAUUUUGGUUAAUUUGUAGUUACGUUAGAGGAGGUGAUAUUGGAAACAAAUUUAAGAUUCUUUGUGUUUAACUGGAGGUUUGUAAGAAGGAUUUGGAAGAAAGACAAUAGAGUACAACCUACAGGCAUGUGCUUCGCAGAGGAAUCAUCUUCCAACCACUUAAUCUGACUGUGCUGCACAGCCAUGGAUUUUUAUUCAUCCAAGAUGUUGUCCUCUUAUUUGAUGAAGUGUUACUAUCGGUCCCCCUGUUUUUUCCGAGAUUCAGAUUUAGAAACAAAGAAUCUCUGCAAUGGUUCUUUCUCAAACAAUUUCUAUACACAACUGGAGGAUAUAGCCCAAUUUUCCCACUUCCUUUUCAAAGCAUUUUUGCCUUUGUAUUGUUUGUGUUUUUGAUUUUUUGUUUAUUGGCUUCUUUGGGUUUGUUCUUGGUUUCUGAUGUGAUUCUUAUCUUUUUCUUUUUGUUAUCAAAUCCAAAAUCCAAUUUUAAUUUCAACUCAUCCCAUCCCUUCUUAUCACUUUGAGAAUUUUUCUUAGCAUCUUAUUUCAAAAUAUUUUUUCAUGAUUGUUAUUCGUAGUUUCUCUUUCUCUGUAUUGAUUUUUUCAUAAUUUCUUUUACGAUGACAGAGAUACCUAAAGUCUCCAACUAGAAAUUCAUUUAUGUUUUUUGCAAGUUUAAAACCCUGUCAAUGUUUUUUUCGUAGUUCCUGCUCUUCUUGUUUUUCUUUUUCUUUUCUUCGUUUUUCAGCUUGUCGAGCAGCCUAUCUUUCAAUAUGUCUAGCUUUUAUUGCUUUUUUGUGCUCUUGGAACCUUUUCUUUAGUUUUUGCACUCUUUCUAAGUGUUUCUGCUAAUCUUCUAGCUCAAAUGCCUUUUCCAGGUUCUUAACUUCCUUUGGAGUAGUUGCGGAUUCCAAUUUUUGUAAUCUCUGUUCUUUCGUCUUUUGUCUUUCUUGUUUUCGUUGUCUCCUUUCCUCUUUGAUUUUUCGAAAUUCUGAGAGUUUGCUUCUUCUUUGGAUGUUCAAUUUCCUUCACUUCGUAAGAUUGUUUGAGAAAAAACAUUGCAGUGAUUCUUUGUCUUCAAAUCUGAAUUUUGGAGAAGGUGGUGGGACCAAUAGUGACACUUCACCAGGCAAGAGGACAACAUCUUGGAUGAAUAAAAAUCCAUGGCUUUGCUUCAUAGUCAGAUUCAGGGAUUGGAAAUGAUUCCUAUGUGAAGCACUUGCUUGUAUGUUGUACUCUAUCAUCUUUCUUCCAAAUCCUUCUUGCAGACCUCUAGGUAAGCGCAUAGGAAUCCUUAAAUUUA